GUGCGUUGUAGAGGCAGCGACGUCCCAACUGCAUAAAACUCUUACGUUUACGCCGUGAAGAGCUACCGCCAUCGGAUCCGCACUUCAAAUGUGACAACGCCCCGUUUGCUUUCUGCUCAAUAAACUUCGUCUCCAUUGCUCUCGCGAAACCGGAUCCGAAUCUGUGAAACGUUAGAUCCAGAUCGAUUCGAGCUUGAUCUGAUCUUCGUGCUUCGUUGAUUGCAUUUCGGUUGAUCGAGAUCGGUUAACGGAGGCACCGUACGCGAAUCGGAGCUCGGAGCGAGGGGGAGGGAGACGGGAAUCGGGAAUCGGGAACAUGAAUAUCCAUGGCGGCGGCGGCAGAGGAGGAGUGGUGGAAUGCAGUGUUUGUCACUCCAAGUUGGGGCUCUCGCCCCACUCCAGGGCGGUGUCCAAGGCCUACGAUCGCCACCGGACGGACGUCUCAUUGAAAACGCGCGCCUUUAAUGUGUUUUUGGUCGUCGGUGACUGCAUCCUGGUUGGCUUACAGCCUAUACUGGUGUAUAUGUCAAAAGUGGAUGGGAAUUUUAACUUUAGUCCCAUUAGUGUCAAUUUUUUGACCGAGAUCGCGAAGGUUAUCUUUGCAUGCGUGAUGCUGUGCUUGCAGAGUAGGAAUCAGAAACCUGGAGAAAAGUCUCUUCUUUCUCCUUCUACAUUUGUCCAGGCAGCGAAGAACAAUUGUCUUCUGGCUGUUCCAGCUCUAUUUUAUGCUAUUAAUAACUACCUGAAGUUCAUCAUGCAGCUGUAUUUUAACCCUGCAACAGUUAAGAUGCUGAGUAACCUAAAGGUUUUGGUCAUAGCAAUUUUGUUAAAGGUGGUCAUGAGAAGACGAUUUUCCAUACUUCAGUGGGAAGCUCUUGCACUUCUGCUUAUAGGUAUUAGCGUGAAUCAGCUGCGGUCUCUACCCGAGGGCUCUACAGCUAUGGGGCUUCCUGUAGCAACAGGAGCAUAUCUAUACACACUGAUUUUUGUUACUGUUCCGUCCCUGGCUUCAGUUUAUAAUGAGUAUGCUUUGAAGAGCCAGUUUGACACAAGCAUUUAUCUUCAGAACUUAUUUUUAUACGGUUAUGGUGCAAUCUUCAAUUUUCUCGGAAUACUUAUAUCUGCCCUUUUCAAAGGACCUGAUAGCUUGGAUAUUUUACGAGGACACUCAAAGGCAACUAUGUUUUUGAUAUGCAACAAUGCUGCACAAGGCAUCUUGUCCUCAUUUUUCUUCAAAUAUGCAGAUACAAUCCUGAAGAAGUAUUCAUCAACUGUCGCCACAAUUUUUACUGGAAUAGCAUCUGCUGUUCUGUUUGGUCAUACCUUGACUAUGAAUUUCAUUUUAGGGAUCUCUAUUGUGUUCAUCUCAAUGCAUCAGUUCUUUUCAACCGCAUCAAAAGUCAAGGAUGAGACACAGAAUGGUAGUCUUGAAAUAAUAGAGACUGAGAAUAACUUCAGGUCGAAGGACACAUCAUUUUUAGAUAUGGCAGCUGGAGCCCAUGAGGAUGCAACUCACCGUGUUAAACACGAUGAAAGAGAACCACUUCUCCCUAGAUGAAAUUAUCAUAGGUAUAUGAUUGGAGCAGCAUUCUUUGGCUGAACAAUAUGUUACAACGAUUCUUUUUCCUAUUCCCGUUCAGAAAGGUUGACAAAUCUCCCAUGAGAGAGCACACUUUGUGACGAUUUUGAAGCCUGUUUUAGGGGAUCCUGGUAUAGAAGGGAAUAUUGUAUUUAUUGCAUUUACUACAUAGUAAAGUAGUUGCAACACCUCCCAUACCUUUCCAUUUAAUACUGCUACUGCAUACCCAUAUAUCUUUUACUCAGGCCAGUGCAUUUUGUGGCCGCAAGCAGACAGAUUUAGACUAUAAAAGUACUAUAUUCUAUCUU